AUGAAAUUAAGUAUGCAGAGCCUUGAUAAAACGAAAACGCCAACGUCCUUAGCUACUAAUAGUUCAACAUCCUCAAAUACUCAAAGUCAAUUUGGGGAUGAGCAACAACGUGGAGUACGUAAAAUUUCACGAUUUUGUGUCAGCCGUGUUCAGGAACAAAAAUCUAAUGAAAAUGCUAGCAAUAAAAAGUCAACAUCUGGUGUAUCAACACCUCCUUCUUCAACUCCUCCUGCUAUCGACUUACAGGCUGUAAAUAGUGCCAAUUCUAAUGAUGUAAGUAGUCUAAUAAAUACGCCUACGGAGCAGUUACCUACACCACUAGGUGGUCAGCAACAAACAUUUCAACAAGAGCAGACUAACCCAGCUGCUGUUGCGACAAUUGUGGUCCCGUUAACAACACAAAUACAGCCAUCAGUAUUAAAUUUGCCACAACAAACUCAACCAGCAGUCACAUACAAUCCUAGUAAUAAUUCAACGGUUCAAAUUUCUCAACAACAGCAACAACUUUUGCAACAUCAAAUCCAAACAACAACAGCUUUACAACAGAAAAUUCCAAAUGCAGGGGCUCCAAUUUUAAUACCAAAUUUACAUUUGCAACAACAAAAUUUGCAGCAUCCAUUAACCCAAAAACCUACCACAUCACCAAAUCAACCAAAAACCGCUAUUUCGGUUGCUGCUGAGACGACAAAACAGAAUGCACAUCAGCCUCAACAUAAUUCCUCCUUGACAACUCAACAACAAGUGCCUACUUCUCAGCAAACAAACAUACAGCCACUUCCAAAAAGUCUGGCUCAACCACAAGUUCCGUCAACUCAACCUGUUCCUGUUUUCCGUACGUUACUUACACCGACAUUGCCACAAAAUUCGGCAUCCUAUAUUAUUCAGCCGGCUUCACAACAGCAUAUAGUAAAUCCAGUUCAUUCACAGCAAUCCCAAAUUCAAAGCGCUAAUCAGCAACCAGUUUAUAUACACAGUGAUGGAGUUGAAGGUGCUAUGCGUAUGCAGAUGCCUCAAGAAGAACCGGUAUCUCUAGCAGCUACUCAUCCAAAUUUGCUUCCAACAGUUAUACAAUCGGAUAUAAAACAUAACCUGGAUUCAUUGGUAAACCAACUGUGCAAUUUACGAUUAGGAACAAAUCAACAUCAACGAUUGUUACUUUUAAGGCAACGUCAGUUAAUUGAAGAAGAUGAACUGCGUUUGAAGCAUUACGUCGAAUAUGAGAAAUUUCAAAAGGCCAUGCGUCAAUGUAAGUGUCAGCUUCUUAUUAUUUUAAAAAUUACACGAUUGUCUUUUUUUAACAUCGGAUGUAUUACUUAAAAAUGUGAUAUAUUG